AUGUUGCACACGCCGUUUGGAGUUGACAGCGAGACCAACACCUUCCACCUUCCGGUAGGAGAGUUGACGAUCACAUUGGAUGAUGUGUCGUCACUCCUCCAUUUGCCUAUCACUGGCGCGUUGCACAGCUUUCAUGCUCUUUCUGUGGAGGAGACGAUAUUUUUGUUGACCGAGUUGCUUGAGGUGUCUGCUGAGGAGGCUAGAGCCGAGACAGCACGAUCACAUGGGGCAUACGUACGGCUGGGAUGGGUUCGAGACAUCUAUGAGAUGAGAUGUCAGGCCCGGCGGUGGAUUGUAGCAGCUCGUGCUUAUCUGCUGCACCUAGUCGGUUGCACUCUUUUUGCUAAUAAAAGUGCAAUAUAUGUUCAUGUGGUGCACCUAGACGCUUUUCGCGACUUGGGUCAGAGUGGUGGUUAUGCUUGGGGAGUUGUCGCGCUGGUUCAUAUGUAUGACCAGUUAGAUGAGGCUUCUAGGACCACUACACGACAGAUUGCGGGGUACCUGACUCUAUUACAGUGUUGGAUCUAUGAGCACUUUCCUAGUGUGCAUCAGUGCGUCACAGAUGAUGCAUACCAGGAGACGUCCCCACGUGCUUCCCGGUGGCUGACGUCGAAGGCGCAUAUGAAGGGAAUAACAGGAGCACCUUACAGGGCACAUUGUAAUGCUUUGACCAUCACAGAUGUGUCUUGGUUGCCUUACACUGAGCAUCGGGGGGUAUCUGCGGAUUACAUGGAGUGGUUUUUUCGGAUAUCUCACCCAUUCGUGAUACCGACCCAGGCAGGUGACCAGCCCAGAGAUGCACCUGCCGCAGACCCUGAGGAGUACAUGCAGCCGCCCAGCCCCCAGGAUGAUUACGACGGCUAUGAGGCGAUUGCACAGAGAGGGGGAGCCAGUGCUGAUGGAAGUGUCAGGGCUCGACAGAGACGAUGCAUAGAUCAUUGA